ACUCGAGGUUUUUAAUUUAAGACAUUCAAACACACAGUUAUAUUGAAAAAUAAAAACAAAAUGAUCAACUUAUUAGUAUCCUUCUGGUUUGUGCUCAUAAGCUCUGUCUACGCAAAUACUUGCUUUAACAGAUCUGGUUUCUUCGCAUCGAAUGGUGCUUACGAUUUAAACCGACAAGCCAUGCUCUCUUCCCUUCCUUCUAACGUCACAGCUAAUGAUGACUUCUAUACCACGUCGAUGGGACAAGAUCCCAACAGAGUGUACGGUCUAGGGAUGUGUUUCCCAGGUACUGAAGCACGAUCUUGUUCUGAUUGUAUCAUGGCUGCGUCUAAUGGGUUGGUAAAGAACUGUACCAACCAUAUAGAUGCUAUAGACUGGAGGAUGUAUGGAACUACACUUUGUCUUGUGCACUACUCAAACCGCUCGUUUUACGGAUCGCUCGAUAUGGAAAUUAUACGGAGUGAUAAUUAUACUAGAGAUUUUCAGGCUAACAUGACGGAUCUAGAGAUUACAUGGGAGGCUUUGAUGAUUGGUUUGAUAGAUCAAGCUUCCUCUUUGUACUACGCAGCCAGAACGCAGAAGCUUGAGUCGUCUAUCUCCCACGUUUACGGUGUUGUGCAGUGCAGUAGAGACAUAUCUCUUGAAAACUGCACUCGUUGUCUUCAAGAGAACGUGAUUGAGUAUAGGUCUUGUUGCCGCGGGACACAAGGAGGCAUUUUUUCUAGGCCGAGCUGUUUCAUUCGGUGGGAGGUUUAUCCGUUCUUGGCACUUCUCGAUAAUAUGUCUCCUCUUGAGAAAGAUGGCAAAGGUGUUUCUACAGGAACUAUUGUGGCAAUUGUCAUUAUUCCUAUCUUGUUGCUUGCUCUAGGAUUUGCUAUUUGGAAGAGGAGAAAAUCGCAUAAAGCAUUUACAACUGCAAACGGUUAUUUCUCUGCUGCAAAGAGAUUAAAGAAGACUUAUGAUACUGAACUGCAAGAUAACGCUGGGGAUGAUAUUUCAACUUCAGGUUCACUUCAAUUCGAUCUUAAAGCUAUCGAAGCUGCAACAAGUAAUUUUCACAACAUUAACAAGCUUGGUCAUGGUGGAUUUGGUGAAGUUUACAAGGGAACGUUUCCGAAUGGAACAGAGAUUGCUGUGAAGAGACUAUCUAAAACUUCAGGACAAGGUGAAAGAGAAUUCAAGAACGAGGUGCUUCUUGUAGCUAAACUUCAACAUAGAAAUCUUGUUAGGCUUCUUGGGUUUUGUGUCCAAGGAGAGGAAAGGAUAUUAGUCUACGAGUUUUUGCCCAACAAGAGUCUUAACUACUUCCUAUUUGGUGACUCAACAAAGAGGAGCCAAUUGGAUUGGACAAGACGAUACAAGAUCAUUGGAGGGAUCACUCGAGGGAUUUUGUAUCUUCAUCAAGAUUCGCGGCUGACAAUCAUACACCGUGAUCUAAAAGCCAGCAAUAUUUUAUUAGAUGCAGAUAUGAACCCGAAAAUUGCGGAUUUUGGUAUGGCUAGGAAUUUCAGAAUGGACCAAACGGAAGAUAACACAGGAAGAGUAGUUGGGACAUUCGGUUACAUGCCGCCCGAAUAUGUAGCGAAUGGGCAGUUCUCAACGAAGUCAGAUGUGUAUAGUUUUGGAGUAUUGAUUCUGGAGAUUAUUGGUGGCAAAAAGAAUAGUAGCUUCCACGAGAUAGAUGGUUCAACAGGCAACCUUGUGACAUAUGUAUGGAGGCUUUGGAACAAUGAUUCAUUGUUGGAACUUGUAGAUCCGGUCAUAGGAGAUAACUAUGAUAAAUAUGAAGUCAUCAGAUGCGUUCAUAUUGGGUUAUUAUGUGUUCAAGAAAAUCCAACAGAUCGUCCAAGCAUGUUCACAAUAUUUCAGAUGCUCACUAAUACCUCAAUUACACUGCCUGCGCCCCAACCUCCUGGAUUUUUCUUCAGAGUCAGAGCAGAGAAUAUCCCAUUAGCUGAGAGCUCUCAGCCAGGUCCGUCCACUAGCAUGUCCAUUGCUUGUUCUGUAAAUGAUGCAACGAUCACGUGUGUUAGUCCUCGUUGAAAGCCAGCCUAUUGUUUAAUAUAUAUAGAUAUAUACAUUCUUUCAUAAACGAGUAUUAAUAAUGAAACCUAGUGAAGUAACUUGGCUGAGAAUC